AUGCCUCUGUCGAACACUUCAGUAGCGGUGUUGAGACAGCAAAUGGACGAUAGUAACCAUGAAUUGGUUAACAUGUUGACUAACCAGAUGAGCACAGUCUUCAAUCCACUAAUACAAGAAUCUACUGAAACAAAUAGGCAGGUGGCGAACCAAUUGACACGCUUGUGCAAUUUUCUGGGGGCACCGGCUCGACAGAUAACGCCAAUGAUUAGACCGAUUGUUCAUGUGCAGAUAAAGAUAGGGGCAGCGGAGGAGGAGACUGUCCACAAAAGACAAAUCAUUAGACCCCUUCAGAAUCAAGGCGUCGAAUCAGGAGUCGCAGGACGUAAACAGAUGAUAAUGGUUAACCAACACCAAGAUGCUGAUCAAAUUGUCGACCAACAUCGAAAAGAAGACCUGGCAGUGGAAAAUAAUUUGACAACUAUUGUCGAAAGGAUUAUGGCUAGAAAUGGCAUGGGUUCUACAUUGCAAAGGCCAUUAUAUGCCUCCCCGUUAGCUGAAUUUAUUCUCCAAGCCGAGGCGCCCAGGGGGAUGAAAGUGCCUAAGUACACUAAAUUUGGGGGAGAAUCUGGUGAAUCGACAAUAGAGCACGUCGCCAGAUACCUAACAGAGUCAGGGGAUCUAGCUCAUAAUGAAUGCUUAAGAGUAAAAAACAUCCCCUCCUCUCUAACCAAGGCUGCCUUCACAUGGUUUACUUCGUUGGCCCCAAGUUCAAUCGACUCGUGGGCCAAACUAGAGAAGAAGUUCCAUGAACAAGUCCGACAUCUAGAACGGCUAAGGCUAGAGAAAGUUAGGCACAAUAAGUCUAAGAAAGAAAAGGUAGCGUUCGUCGAAUACGACGCGAUAGACCUAAUAUGUGAGGCCGAUUACGCUUCAUCGACCAAAUUAGAUAUCGACGUGGCUGAACUAAAGCUAGGGUCCGCCUAUGAGUGUCGAUCAUUGCUGCCUGCACAAGGAAGAAAUCAUGUCGAACACAACCCAAAAUUCCCUUUGAAAACUUAUACUUUCGAUGUGUCGAAGUGUGAGGAAAUUUUUGACUUGUUAGUCAAAGAUGGGCAAAUGGUGGUACCUCCUGGUACUAAAAUGCCACCGUUAGAACAGAGACAUAAAAGAGGGUUUUGUAAAUAUCAUAACUAUCUUGGUCAUAACACCUCUAAUUGUCACCUUUUCAAGGAUUUGGUUCAGAAAGCAAUUCAAGAUCGACGUUGA